AUGGCAGAAAAGGGCCCUCAGCUCACGCCGGUCGGGGAGCAAUCCCUGCCGGCAAAAUGUAAAGCCACCACCCUGGCGUACUGUCCCUCGAUGGACCUUAUCGCACUGGCGACCGACGACGAGGAGCUGCGCGUAUUCCGCUUGAAUGGACAGCAUGUCUUCGGUGGUUCGUUUGGAGGUGACCCCUACCUAGGUGAUGAUGAGGAAGACGGGGAGGUGAGAGCACUGGCGUGGAAGGGUAAUGGUCGUCUUCUCGCUGUCGCCUGUGGAGAUGGGUCUCUGCGCAUCCUCAGUGCUUACAGCGGAAAGACAGUUCAUCAUUACCCGGCACACCAUAAACCAAGCGAGGAGUUCUCCUCCUCUGACCAGCAACCAGCUCCAAAGGUGACAUGUAUAGGCUGGGGCAUGAACUUCACCGAUAGUAAAGCUGCCCAGAAGCAUCUCCAAGACUCCGCUGGCCAGGUCUCUGUGGAUGACCUAUUGACUCCAGGAAUUCAUCCGUCCAAAGCAGCGGCUCUGCUGAAAGCUGACCUACCACGGGAGCUGGCAUUGCUUGACAUCGAAAGCUCAUUGCCUAAGUUGAGCACAUUGCCCGCAACGGGGGCGGAAGAUGAUCUCUUCAGCUCACGCGCCUCCAUCGAUGCUAUAUUCCACACUUACGCAAAAGAUGCCAGCGACUCGGUGGACGUUCUCUUCAUUGGCUUCGAUGAUGGGAGUGUUCACCUGCGCAUCUUCGAUUGUUUCGAGAUCGGCUCGUUUCCCGUGAGUACCUCGACACCACAAGCGAAAUCGUGUCAUAUUCUUUGCCAUGCCUCUCACCCUUUGAGUUCAACACAUGCUCUGGUCGUAUCGACCACGACAGGGGACUCUUCAUCACCGCUAAGCAUUGUCACCCUUGACUUGCGCUUCAUCACGAAGUCUGGGCGAUAUCUUUCUCUCCUUGCGUCGAAGACGACCCAGCUUCAGAACUUGCUUCGGUACAUUGGACAAGUUCAGCGUCAGAUUGAAAUGGAGUGGAAGAAUGCUCAAGAAUUACCCGCGCGUUUCUUGCGAAGUGUGAACCAGGAUCUUCAGGAUCAGUGCCAAUGUGAUUUCGUGACCGCUAUCUACCACUUGGUUGUUACUGGACAUUGCUUUGAGCCGAUGAAGGAGUUUUUAGUGGAUAUUGUUGGAGACAGAGGUCACAAACGAUGGGAUAAAGCUGUUGCCGGAGGCUACGAGAAUAUCCGCCGGUUGACACAUGAAUGCCUUCUCCCAGCAUUGGAGCGAUGCCAGGUCCUCCUUAGCCGGCUGGUAGGACUGUCAAAAUUCCACAAACUCAGCGAUGUGCUCGGAUUGGACACACAAAAGUUGAAUGGCAUUGUCGAGACCUUAGAUUGUCUGCACCUUCUCGCCCAUCGCAUCCUCAACCACGCCAACGAAGAGCUAGUUCAGUUUUCCGCAUUCUCGCGGUGGCUUCGCCAUGAGAUUGAAAUCCUCAACAGUGAACCCCUGUCGCAAACAUUGGAAGAGAACCUCGAAAAGCGAGAGCUGUUCGAAGUCCCGCCCACGGUGAACUACAUCACGGGUGCGCUGCAGAAAAGCGCCCUGCGGAACUUCAUCCGCCAACUACCUAUGAUUGGUGUACCCAUGAUGCCAACCCCAUCAACAGAUAAAUGGCUUCCAGAUGGGCACGAUCGCUCAUUCUACGAUGAAUUCAGAUUACUCCUUCAGCAGCAGCGUAAAGCACAAAACGAAGGAGGCGAUGGGACAAGUGUUGAUACCCCUAAACUGAAUGACUUGACAAUGCGACUUGGUAUCCAGUUUGAGAAGGUCUUUGCGGAAAUCGCAUUGACGCAACGGAGAGGCAUUCUGCAUCGGUCACCGCUUACAUUGCAUUCGGACUGCGAUCCGAAUGUUCUUGAUUUGAAGAUUCGCUACGAAGAUUCCGAGGAGAAACGCCCUUGUUCUAUCUACACUGCUAGCCGAUCAGGCAGUUCCAAAGAGUCAUUCUACAUCUACCGCACGAUUCUCGACUCCGUCAAUGGUGUCAGUUCCACUCGCAGCACAUCUGUCGCAGCCAUUUCGCUCCAACAGGGUGAGAUUCGACAACUGCAGUUUGUCGAUGAUGAUACAAUCAUAGUACUGUGGUAUAAUGAGGAAUGUGCCUACUUGCUCAGCUUUUCCUUCCAAGCUAAAUCUGGAAAGGCGGACUCCCCCGCGCUUGGACUCGAUUAUGUCGAGUGUGAAACCUCCCCCGCUACUUCCAAGCCACCGGUUCACGCCGCUCAAUUUGAGCUGUCUUCUCUGAUAGAUACCGGCAUUAUCAAACAUAUUUUUGCGCCGUCUGGUCCCAAGGCAAGGCCAGUAUGGCUAGAUGUUAAUGGGCGGCAGGGCCGGCGGGCAGUUUGUGUGCUUUAUGGAGAUGGGAUGCGAUAUGACGUGUUGGAUUUGGAUGUUACAGUUGAGGAGUGGGAGGAAGAAGAGGAGGAAGGGGGAGAGGAAGCUACUGAGAGCUGA